AUGGCUGACACCUACAACAAGAACCCUGGCCGCGUUGCUGCUGGCCUCAAGGCCGCGAUCAACAACCCAAAUGUCUCUGAAGAGGCAAAGGAGCGCGCCAGCGACCGCCUCGAGAACUUGGGCGACGAAGUCGAGCGUGCACCAGAUUACAGCGCGUCUGACCAGGACACCAAUCGCGUCCUUGGAGGAUACAAGGCGACCUUGCACAAUGACCGCACCUCCGCAGACGCGAAAGAACAUGCUCGUGAGGUGCUCGAGACUGCGGGGUACUCGGUCGAGAGAAACCCGGGUCUCUCUGAUGAUGAGCAUGAAAAGCGCAUAAUAUCAGGCUACAAGGCCGCCUUGCACAACCCUCGCGUCUCCGAGGGUGCCAAACGGCACGCCAGAGAAUUCCUCGAGGAGCAUGGCGCGCUCUAA